AUGCCUCCUGUCGAAUUAUUGGAUUCGGUACCUGGUGAUCCAGAAAACAGCAAACAAACCAAAUCGCUUACACCAUUGUAUGGUUUAUCCAAAACUAUGGAUCUUCCUCAACUCGAUAUGAAGUCUGUUACAGCAGAGCUUUCUUCACCUCUUUCUGCUAGAUGCCAAACCAAACCACCAGAUCUUCCAAUCAAAUUAACCCAGAGUAAAAGCCAACCUGCUGUACGAACGACUAUCAAAAAGGAUACUCAGACUAGGACAAAUACAGUAAGAUCAAAGUAUGCUUCCGAUAACUAUCAAACCAUCAAACGUACCAUGAACAGAAACCGAGCUGAUUUUAUCAUCAAGCGUUAUGAAUCAUGGCAUAAAUUCAUCCUCUUGUUGUCUACUUGGAUGUCAGAUUUGGCAAAACAAAGCUCUCAAUCAGAACGCAACUUUUCUACCAUGCUAAAAGAGAACCGGACUUCCGGUAACUUUGGAAACGACAUUUCAUCUCCAAACUCUAUCCAUGCUGCCCUUCGUCGUUUCACAAAAGAUUUGGUUUCACAGGAACAACACUAUAGUCAGCGCCUCAAAGGGUUUUUCCCUCUUUUAGACUCAUACAAAAAAGAAUGUAGUUCUGCUAUCAAACAACUAGGAAGUAGAAACGAUUUGUGCUUGGAUGAAUUCUUAAAACGGGCUGGAGCUACCGCAAGUCUCAUGGGACAAUUAACAAGAGCUUGUGCUGAAGCACAUUCUGCCAUUGAAAAGGGAAUUCAGCCACCAAGCGAUCCUUGGUUGAUUAAUCUCUAUGUAUUGAGACAGUUAAAAAAGGAAGUUGACGAAGAAAACAGAUUAAGAACUUUAAUGAUACCUGUUCAACAAACCAUAUCAUGUUUUGAAAAAAGAUUACUCAAGUGUGUGGAACAAGCAAUCCAGAUUUGCUUUGAAAAGUAUGGCGCGCUUUUGUCUGAGGAUAAAGUGGCUAGUUUGCAAGCCUCACUCAAUUUGGCAGUACAAGAAAGCUGGGACUCAUUCGCCGCCAAGAACAAGAAGCAACUUGUCGAUGAACAACAUCCACACAAGCAUUAUCUUCACAUUAACUAUUCUUGCAAAAAUGAUCCUCUUGUCUUGACACUUUACAAAGGAGAAAUGGAGCGUCGUUCGGGUAUUCUUAACAAGUACACACUAUGGUUCUUUGUCCUUACAGAAUCUGGAUUCCUUCAUCAAUUUAGACUUAAUGAUAAAGUGUCUCCAGAAUUAUCGAUUUAUAUCCCAAAAAGCACUAUUGUACCUAGCAUUGGUAUUUUCAACAUGAAUCCAGUCGAUUUAGAGCAAUUUAAGGGGAAGCCAUAUACUUUUGAGAUCCAGUGUCCAGGUUCUAGUAUGCUUCGAGACAAGACUUAUACUUUCCGUACUUCUAGUUUAGAAGAAAUGAUUGCCUGGUGCAGCAUGUUGGAUAGAAUAGCAAACAAUUCACUUGAUUUGAUACCCAAACAACAAACAAAUCGUUUAUCAACAAGCAUCUCAGAAAAGCCUAGUACUUUACAAAUUCAUGAAACAACACCACCAUCAUCUCCUUUUGGGGUGCUCAACAUGUACAAUCCCUUGCUUGUUUCUCCAGUUACCACUCCAGAGAGUAGUCCUAUCAGCUUAAAGAGUGAGAGCUUUUUUUCAUAA